AUGCGAGCAACUAGUUCAGCCCAGGGCUCUCGGGGCUCCUCCUUGGCUGAGAUCAUGAUCAAUUCGGUUGACUCCUACGACAUUCGUCUGUCAACUCCUACCUCCUGCGAUAAGUACCCAGCUAAGCAUCACGCGCGCAAUGUCGCUCGAAAGCUUAAGGCUUCAAGUGGCUUGAUCUUCCUUUCUGGGCAGCCGACUAUCAACCUUCGCGACUCGGACCAAUCGCGUCCCUUCCGGCAACGGCGAUACUUUUAUUACUUGAGCGGAGUCAACGAACCCGAUUGUUCGCUAACCUACGACAUUCAGCAAGACCUGUUGACCCUGUAUGUCCCCGACUUUGAUCUCCACCGGGCUAUCUGGAUGGGACCGACCCUGUCAAGGGAGACGGCCUUGGAUCAAUAUGAUGUGGACCGAGUACAUUAUCAAUCUGCACUGAGGGAAGGAAUCCAAUCAUGGCUUCAUGAGCGCAAGCAGGGCAGCGAAUUGUAUCUUGUUCAUCAGUCGGAGAAGCCCGUUCCCCUCCCUGCGGAUGCGCCGCUUGAUUUGGAGAAGCUGAUGCCUGCGAUGGAUGCAGCCCGAGGUAUUAAGGAUGAAUAUGAAAUCCGAAUGAUUCGCCAAGCAAACAAGGUUUCGGGCCUUGCACACCGAGAAAUCCUUAAACGCAUCCAGACCUUUACAAAUGAGUCGGAAAUCGAAGGGUCAUUCCUAGAUACCUGCGUCUCCCAUGGUGCCCGCAAUCAGGCCUACCAGAUCAUCGCCGCAUCAGGACCUAACGCCGCUGUCCUGCACUACGACCGCAAUAAUGAAACCCUCCAUAAGAAGCCUCUAGUCUGUCUCGAUGCGGGUGCGGAGUGGAAUUGCUAUGCAAGUGAUGUGACACGGACUUUUCCUCUGUCUGGAGAGUGGCCGAGCGACUAUGCUCGGGAUAUUUAUAAUCUCGUAGAGCGUAUGCAGGAGGAGUGUAUCCGGGGGAUGCGCAAAGGAGUCCGCUAUCUAUCUCUCCACACUCUAGCCCAUGACAUUGCUAUUGAGGGACUUCAAGCGCUUGGUGUACUCAAGACCGGCAGCAUCUCGGAGAUCCGUCAGUCUGGGGCUUCUAAAGUAUUCCUCCCUCACGGACUGGGCCACCACGUCGGGUUGGAAGUUCACGAUGUCUCCGAGAAAUCUAUCAUGGCGUUUGGUUCCAGUCAAGCUCCCUGGGCCACUACUUGCCUUUCCCCUUGCACAGCAUCUGCCCCGGUUCUGGAAGAAGGCAUGGUCAUCACCGUGGAACCUGGAUUGUACUUUUCGCCUUUAGCUCUUGCCGAUGCACGCAAGCAGCCCUUUGCCCGGUUCAUUGACUUUGAUGUUGCCGAUCAGUACGUCCACAUUGGCGGGGUGCGUAUUGAGGAUGAUAUUCUGGUGACGGCCACUGGAUAUGAGAACCUGACUACCGCGCCCAAGGGUGACGAAAUGCUUGCUAUUAUUCGAGGAUCUGCAUAG